AGAUCGAAGCAAACAGCACUUUUUUCUGACUGAACUCCGUGUUGGAACCUUAAAGAGACGAACCUGAUGGCGUUACAGGCGAGAGAUUAUCCCACCAUAGGCGGUUUUCACACAGUGGACAUUCAGAAAACAACGUGGGACGUCCCGCUGAGGUACACCGCGCUGCGGCCGGUGGGCUCCGGAGCUUACGGGACAGUGUGCUCUGCCAUUGAUCAGAAGACUAAAGAGAAGGUGGCUAUCAAGAAGCUGUAUCGUCCUUUCCAGUCCCUCAUCCAUGCCAAACGUGCAUAUAGGGAGCUCAGACUGCUCCGCCACAUACAGCAUGAAAAUGUGAUCUGCCUCCUUGAUGUCUUCACACCUGAUUUUUCCCUGGAAAACUUCCAAACCUUUUACAUGGUUAUGCCCUUUGUAGCCCAGGACCUAGGAUGCAUAAUGAAGAGUCGCAGAUUAUCUCAGCGCAUCAUUAUUUACCUGUUCUAUCAGCUUCUGAGAGGACUCAAGUUUAUUCAUUCUGCAGGAAUCAUUCAUCGGGAUCUGAAGCCUGGAAACCUUGCUGUGAAUGAAAAUUGUGAAUUAAAGAUAUUGGACUUUGGCUUGGCGAGACACACAGAGAGCGAAAUGACAGGAUACGUGGUGACUCGCUGGUACAGAGCACCAGAGGUCAUAUUUAACUGGAUGCACUACAGCCAGACAGUUGAUGUUUGGUCUGCCGCUUGUAUUUUGGUGGAGAUGAUUACCGGCAAUGUUCUUUUUCCAGGACAUGACAGUAUUGAUCAACUGAAGAAGAUCCUCCAGCUCACAGGGACACCAGACUCUUCUCUGAUUCAGAAGAUGCAGAGCAAAGAUGCACAAACGUACGUUCAAGGUCUUCCUGUGCAGAAAAAGAAAAACUUCAAGGAUGUCUUUCAUUCCAUGGAUGCAGAUGCUGUUGACCUUCUGGAGGGAAUGUUGGUGCUGGACCCAGAGACGAGGCUGACCGCAGCGCAGGGGCUGUUACACCCCUUCCUGUCUGAGUAUCAUGACUUAGAGAGCGAACCAGACUCGAAGCCUUACGACGAUUCCUUUGAGAGCCUGGAGCUCGCUGUGGAAGAAUGGAAAAGUCUUAUUCACAUGGAAAUUAUGACGUUUGACCCCAACAACCCCAAUAAGACUGCCAUGUAGGACACUGAGAUUCACUGGCGUCCUCGAGUGUAGUGUAACGUGUAUAAUCAUACACAAAAGCAUGCAUAUGAACAUGGUUCACUAUGCAUUUGCAGUUGUUCAAGUGACAUGACAUUUAAAACAUUAAUACAGCAGAAACUACUUUGUAUGUAAAGACGUGAAAGGUCAUUUAUACUCCGCUUAGUAUGUAAAUCUGUCCAUCCAUUUCACACAGUUUAACCAUCAUGGCCCAUGCAUUUCUACAAGUUCCUUUGUUUUGGCAUAGACACUGCAGACCUCCUUGAACUUUUUGUGACAACUUCAGUCGUGAUGAAGGUGGAGGAAAGUAUCAUAAUGUUUUGAUUGGAUUGUUCAUGGUCUUCUUUGCUUUGGGGCAAUUUCUCACUUGAAACUUCCUUGCACUUUCCCCACCAUUAUGAAUACACAGACUGUGGACAGAAUGUUCCGUCUAUCUCUGUAUUUAAUGUUGAGCAUAAAUGAGCCCUUUUUGCUUCUUGUACAGAGAAUUAAGCAACACUUCCUCUGUGUGUGUUGUAAUCUGAGCUUUUCUGUUCCUUGCUGGUUUGUGUGUGAAUGUUUACUGUUUGUGAGUCUCUCCCUGUGAAACAAUGCUGAUAUGCACAGUGGGGACAUGGGACUCCCAGUGUUUUGACUGAUGGGUACCCUAUUGUUUCCAAAGUGAGAGUGAAUAUGCAUUGAUCGUACUGCACAUCACACACACCUCAAGACAGCCCGUAGUAUUUGGACACAUGGUUGAAGUCUCCAAAAAGUUUCAAAAUGACAGGAUACUGUGCAUAUGGAUGCAAAAAAAAAAAAAAAAAAAAAAAAA